AGUCAGUGAGUUUGCUUGUAACACAAACAACAGCCUCGCAUGGACGGUUCUCCAAGAAAAUUCAAAACUGUUAGUGUUAGAAGAGUAAAACUGAAAGUUCCACUUUUCAUAACAGUACAGAUCUAACACCAACUUGUCAACUAGAUCUACCUACUCGUCCAGGACUCAGACUCCAAGAGUGAUCACACGAGCUUGACAUCAUGACUCUACAGUGGACAUUUGUUGCCACAGUGCUAUAUGUUGAAAUCUUCCUUGUCAGUGUGCUGCUGUUGCCCUUCAUCUCUCCGAAAACAUGGCAAAAGGUCUUCCGGUCAAGACUAGCCUCAAUGUUUGCAGUAUAUUCUAAAAUAUACUUCUACAUUUUCAUAGCCAUUCUUCUCCUUCUGUUUGCAGAGUCUGUGCGGGAGACCCUGAAAUACUCUGAGCCUAUGGAUAGCGAGGAGUUGAGGCGUUACCCAGAGGCCGAGACUGUUUUCCACAUGAAGUUGUUUCGUGCUCAGCGCAACAUGUACAUUGCCGGAUUUGCUUUGUUUCUUUGGUUCAUCUUGCGUCGCCUGGUGAUUCUGAUCGCUAACGAGGCCACGCUGAUGGCCCAGAGUGAGGCCAGCAUCAAGCAGGCCCAGAGCGCCACGGCUGCAGCUCAGCUGCUGAUUGAGGAGAAAAGUCUCACCGAUGAUAACAAGAAGAAUUCAGCGGCGGAGAAGGGAGAUGAGAAGGGUGGCAAGUCGGACCAGACGGUGGUGGAGAAAGACCUGGCCCGCACCCAGACAGAGCUGGAGAAGACGAAGGAAGAGCUGUACAAGGCGCAGGUGGACUUUGAGUCGAUGAAGAAACAGGCGGAGAGCACCAACAAGGAGUACGACAGACUGCUGCUGGAGCAUGAGAAGCUGCAGAACAAGCUUGCUUCAGUGGAGGGGGAAGGAGACAAGAAAGGGAACUAAGCUGAGGAGAGACAGACGUCGGCAAUCUCCUGUGAUGUCAGAGCAGCCUUCUCAUUCUGCCAAGAUGAUUGUUUAACUCAUGUUUGUUUUUGCCUCCUGGGAUAAGUUAACUGGGGUGUGUUGGGGGGGAGGGGAGGUAGGACUGAUCAAAAUGUGCUUUAAUUUAUUCUAAUUAGAUGUUGUUUGAAUAUGUUUUGAGUUUGAUGCUUUUUUUGGUCAGACAGACGAAGACUUUUAUAUCUCUGUGUAAUGCUUUCAGCAUCUGAUAUCAAUCGCUAAAGCAUUCAUUGAAAGCUUUUGGUUAGAUGCACAUCUUUGUAACUGAUUUUGGCAAGUACUAACACUUUAAGUGGACGUUUUUGCUCUACUGAUGAAGAUGCAAUUACAUUAUUGCCGUUAUGAAGCUCAUUGAAAUACUAAAGCAGAGAUUUAUGAACAAGUUCUGCAGACCUUGUAAAAGCAUCGUUUUAAGUCCUUGGGUUUUCUUGUGGCUUUAGAGCCUUUUUCGUCUCACAAGAACAAAAUUCCCAUUUCACAGAAUUUUAAAACACCUUUGCUGGCGCGAGAGUAAUGAAGUAAAUUUCUUCAAGUGUUUUGCCACAAUCAGAUUAUGUGAAUCGCUUUCUAGGCAAAUAUGAUUUUUUGUCUCCGUUCAUAGAUGUGUUUGCCUGGCUCUGCUGUGAUGAAGUCAUGGGUGGUCUGAAAUGAGAAAAAGCAGCAGUAAAUUCACCAUUUUUUAAAACAAUUUCUGAAGCAGGGUUGUAGAUCAUCGUAUCACAAUGUAAAGUAACAGUGAAGUAGGCAACCUUGUAAGCUUUAGAAGAUGCUCUCGAAGUGUGGUUUGAUUCAGCAGAUUUUUCUAUUUUCUUAGUUGUUUUUUUUUUAUUUCACAAAUUAUUCCUCAAUCUCAUCGUGGAAUUGUAUAGCUGAUAGGUCUAUUUUCAACUUUCCGUCUCAGCAUUUAGAAUUUCUUGUAGCUUUGAAUGUUUUUAUUUAAUUUUUGCAGCUAAUGAAGUCUAAUUAAUUAUUUUUUAUGCACAUGAUGAGUUUGUCGUUCCAACCUUUUUUGCCACAGUUACAUUACAGUGGCUUCUUUUGUAUGGAAAUAUAGUUUGACACUACCGAGUUGUGAAUGGUUUUUUCUGUGACUGUGGACACCUCAAAGCAAAGAAUGCUUGUGAUGCCUACUCUCUCUCUCUUUUUCCACUGAUACUCACUCUAAAAUUUUUCUACUUUAAUUUAUUAAGAAUUUUGAUUUCUUUCCCCUUUUUAAAAAAAAAUUGAUAUCCCUCUCUAUUUAUCUUUGUUAUGUUUUCUGUCUCUGUUUUUUUUUUUACCCCAUUGCUCAGAGGUAUUAUGACCACCGCGUUUACUAUGUUGUAGAUAAUUUUUUUUCCCCGAGUAUGUACUGUUUCCCAGGUGGUGAUUGUGGUAAACAAUGAGAACUGAGGGCUGGAUGAAUGCUGAGCAAAAGUUUCCUCCUCUGCUUUGGUGGGGUUGUUAUACCAGUAUGGUUUUGAAUAUAUAAUGACCACACUGGUUUAUAGUUUGAAAAGAUUUUCAAAAGUGCUUAAAUUUUCUUUUUUUGUUGGUCUGAAAUAAUAAUUGAGUGCAGGGUUCUGAUGGGUUCCUGUGGGGUUUACCAUUCCUGUCUAUAUUUUAUUUGCAGAGAAAUACUCUCUCCCCCUAGGUCCUGACACUUAUCUAGGCUCAAGUUGCAGAGAUAUGAAUAGAUGUUGAGUCUGUAGAAAUAUUGUGUGAAUUGACCGACUAAUAUCAAUUCCAGUGAAGAUAUCCGUCUGUAUUAAGGUGUUUGUUUUCAGUUGGUCAAUGGUUUUUUCUCUUCUGGCUGUGCUCUGGUGCAUGACAUUUGUUUUUGUCUUGCCCCUCCUGUAAUAGUGUGAGUUUUAAGGAAAAAUUUGGUGCAAAUUUUUUUGACAAGCGCCUGAUUUCACCACGAUGCCACUCGUGUAAUCUAGCAGUUGUCAUUAGUAAUAUUCAGUGACUGAAUUUACAAAAUGAAUUUUGUGAGUUGCAAAUUUUAUUGUGCAUAUUUGCUAACCUUGUUUUGUUUAGAGGUGUAGUGAUAUGUGUGUUUGAACACUUGAGGGGAAUUUUAGCAAUGUGUAUUUGAUGGAGGUACGCUUGAGUGUCUUUGACUACGUUGUCGUUGAUUUUUCUCCCUGUAUUGGGGUAGUAGAGCCCUACUGUUUCAGAAGCCUUAUUUGAGUCUAUCUAUGUGUUUAUAUUAUAUCGCUUCCUAGAUUUUCCCAGUUUGGAGUAGCUUUCUUGUGUUGAAUAAUUAUAUUUUAAAAAAAAUAUUAGUUUGACAGUAUGCGUAAUGGAAUGUUAUUUUUAUGGCAGAUUUUUUUUUUUUUUAAACUCUAAAAUCGUCAGCAAUGAUGACAAUGUAUUGCAUAUCUCGGGUUACCUAAAGACAGACCAUCAGCUGUUUGUCAAUGCAGAAAGGACAACAAAAUGUGCUCUGGCAAUUGCCCAGGCGUCCUCGGCAAUGCGAUACUGAACUUACUCCUGAAUCUGUUUUCUUGACAAACUAAAUGAUGUUCAUGUUCCAUAUUUUCUGAAGAAUCAUAAAAUACUUCUCAACUAUU